GUGAAUGGGCACGAACUGUAGAAGCCAGCCACAGAGCGGUUAAGUCUGCCUGAAAGAAUGAAGUCUGCCUAGUUGGUCGUAAUUCGUCGGCGGAACGAAGGAGAAGAAGAAGAAGAAGAAGAACUCAUCAGAGGGGCCAUUCCGUCUCUCUACUGUAUUUGAGUCUGGUUGCGUUGAGAAGUGAUCUGUGGAAGCAGCAGUUAGUGAACUGAAGGGACAUGGGAUCCAAUCCUAAAGUUCAUUCCUUUGAUGAGGUCGCUGACCACAACAGCCGCGACGAUUGCUGGCUUAUUAUCUCUGGCAAGGUCUAUGAGGUAACUCCUUUUCUGGAGGAUCAUCCUGGAGGGGAUGAAGUCUUACUAAACAAUACAGGGAAAGAUGCAACUGAUGAAUUUGAAGAUGUUGGUCAUAGUGAAUCUGCAAGAGAGAUGAUGGAGAAGUAUUAUAUCGGCGAAGUUGACUGCUCCACUCUUCCAGCAAAGAGUGAGUACACUCCACCAACGCAGGUGCCUUCUGGCCAGGUCCAAUCUUCUGGGAUUGUGAUAAAAAUCUUGCAGUUUUUGGUUCCCCUGCUGAUCUUGGGCCUCGCAUUUGCACUAAGGUACUUUGGCAAAACAGACUAAUUAGAAGUCUGAAGAAUCAGAGUGUUGAGAUGAAGCCAUGUAUGAGUUGCCAGUGAUCAGGUCGUUCCAUUAUUAUAGCAUCAGAAGAUUGCACUAUGCAUCAUCUUGCUAUGUGUAUGCGCCUAGCAGCUGAAAAUCAUGACGCCAAUGCUGCUUAGCUUGACACGUUGCUUCUCUAUCUGUAUUGUACUCUCAAAGUAACUUUAUGUCUGGUAAAAUAAUUGCAUCUCGCCUCAGUUUAGGCUA